AACGUCAUCUGAGACGUCUUCCUCAAUAUACGAUCUUUGACAUACAACCGGAAGCGUGCUGCAGGUGCCGCAGGAAGUGAGUUUGUGGUCCAACGCUGAAGCUAACGGCGUUUAAUUACAUCAACCACCCAGUAAUUCCAACAAGAGUUUAAUAUCAGACUGUAUUGUGCCAACAGCAAAAUGAGUACCGCUGUGCCCAACCAUCGAAGGACCAAGCCUGGAGGCAUAAAACCUGGGGCUGUGAACAGUGGCGUGACAGGACCCACUUCCCAGAUCCCUGGUCUGUCCCAGAGCGCUGAUGAAAGUGCCCCAGUGGAAAGGAUCAGUGGACGGCGAGUUGGGAUAUUUGAGAGCGACUCUGAUUAUGUCAAGCUGGCCAAGCAGGGAGGACACAAAGGGCUGUUGAGCCAUGACGUUGAUGAUGACGACCAACCAAAGAAAGCCUACACUCCAGCCAACUGGUUUGCAGGUGACGACUCAAAGGGUGGAAGCAAAGCAACGUCUCCCGAAAGCCAGAUGAAGGGGGGCAGGCAGCCUCUGGCUGCACCGUUUGGAACUGAUAAUAGUUCGUCCUGGGAAAAAGAAACUGAUAGGUUUUCCCAUGGUAAAGAGAAGAUGUCUCCUGACUCAGCUGUCGAUCCAAUGGAGGGCCUGUCCUUAACCAACAAAUACAAAAGAACGUCCUACGAGAAGAAGGCUCCUCCUGUCAGUAUGUCGAAGCUACUGAGUCAUGGAUAUGUGGAGGACAAAAAGAAGUCUCCUAAUGAUGACGAUACCUCAAGUGUGACCUCAGAACAGACCAGCACCAUCGCCACGGAGGACGUGGACGACCUGGAGUAGUCCAGCAGGUUCUCGUCUCAGGGGGAAGCGGGGGUCGUCCCAACACUGGUUCAUGGCGUCACAGAUCCACGGACACGCCACGCCACCCCUCUCAGAUUCACUCACAUUAAUUGUACAUCCACUGACUGUUAGGGUUUGUACUCAUGUUUAUGCAAAAGGUACUGUCGCUAUUUAUUUGUUUUAUUUUGAAAGAGUGUCACAUUGAUUUUGAUGUGUCGCUCUAUCAGUGCUUGCAGUAUAUCUUCGGUUUCUGUAUUGUCGUUCUCGAUUUGAAACACACAUUGUGUGCAGGGCAGGAAACUAACAUUUGGGUUCUGUCACUUCUCAGCUCUUUGACUCCUAGAACUCAAAAUAAGACACGGCCUCACCUGCACAGUGUAGGAUUCAUCUGCGUUUGGCUGGUGGCUGCUGUUAGUUUCCCUCCCUGGUUGUAUGAAGAUCGAGCUAGUGAAUUCUAAAAGUGUUUGUGCUAAUGAAUUGUGGUUCCAUUGAUGUGAGAUGUGUGUUUUGCUCUGUGAAGGGACGUUAGAGGUCUGUGCGUUUUGGGCUGUGGGGGUGGAUAUGAUGUUUGGAAAGACAGCUGUGUCCACCUGCUGAUGGCCACAGCUGCAGUGGGACACAGCGGUCUGCUGUCUGUGAAAGCCUUACAAUUCACUGGUUAGUCAAGUGACAUUUGCUACUUUUCAAAACGAUUUUUAAAUCGACAAGGUGCUGUAAAGUAAAUCCCAUCAUCACCGUAGGAACCCCUCAGUAAGUCAGUGAGUGCCAGGUGUUUGAUAUCAGUCCAGACACGUCACACUCGCUAAUAAUAGACCUAAGUUUGGUUUAUUCUGCAUUCCCCUUAAGCCUAAUAACCUGAACCUCAUGCAACAGCAGAUAAAACAUUGGGAAGCAUCUGCAGUCUGACGCUGAAAGUCCAUUCAUUCCUUGUGAAGAUUAAGGUGGACGAGUUUGUGAAGAGUGAGUUCUGAACUUGCCAACCAAGCGUUUUUUUGACUUAGUAGACCUCAGUAGGAGAAAUUAGUGUUAGUGCGCAGCCUGGUCUCACCGAGAGUUCAUCCUGUUCACACGAGAGAAGUGCUCACUGCUGCACUUGGUUCAUCAAAGCGAGGCCAAGCAUGGAAACCUCCCUAAAGUUUGAUGGACAUUUAGGCUUUGAGUCAUGUAACAGUUAUCGUUUUUAGUUGUGACCGUGAACCUGAAUGUGACAGUAAGAUGCUAAUCCUGAGAUUUACUGUAAUCUCAAAAGGCUGCAGCAGACUCUCAACAGAAUCUACUUAAUAACAAAAAAACGUAAUCUGUCAUGUACAAUGUUACUUUUCGCAACAUAAUAUUACAAAUCAUUUAUGUGGAUGUGCUUUGUAAAACUGUCACGUGUUGUUCUAAAUCUGGACACUUCCGUGUGUUUAGUUACAGCCGAUGCGUCAUCUUCUCAUUGUUUGCAUAUUUUUAUGACCUGUUUACUCUUCAGGUGCAGUAUUUACAGCUAAACAUGGUGUUUGAGUGAGUUGGUGGUACAUCCGUUUACAAAGCAGUGAUGGACCUUUGGUGGCACCUGUAUGUUCCAUCGCUGCUCAUUUUGAAUGCAAACGCACCAGAGGAGACUAAGGGAGGCAGCUUGUAAAAUGAAGACGCCUCGAGCGCCUUAGCGACGCAGCUCCAGCGGUGUAAGACCCUGCUCAUGUGGACGACACACAGACUCACAACUGUCAUUUAAAUAAAUGGGCAUGUGCAUGUA